GUUCUUUUCUUCACAGUAUUUAAGUGCAACUGCAAGGUGCAAAUUGAAGACACUGUGCAGCCAAUACCACUAAUGGUAGCCCAGGUUGGAGACACUGUGACUCUGGAGUGCUUUUUUCCCAGGAGUGCAACUUCUUAUGUAUUGUGGUAUAAGCAGUCUAUGGGACAAAAGCCUCGGCUUGUAUCUAUGUUUUAUAAAUAUGCAAAUAGUGCUACAUUUUUUAAUGAGUUUCAGAGAAACCCACGCUACUCAGCAAAUGUCAGCAUGGGAAUAAAUCACUUGAUUAUAUCAGAUACUCAAGUAUCUGAUUCAGGAACAUACUACUGUGGAAAGCUACAUGUUAAUACGAUGACUUUUGGAGAUGGAACACUUUUAAUUACAGGCACAAAAAUGAAAAGCAGGACUGUGGUGCAGCAACCUGUGUCAGACCCAGUGCGUCCAGGAGACUCGGUGACUCUGCAGUGUACAGUAGACAGUGAGACCUGUGCAGGAGAACACAGUGUUUACUGGUUCAGACACGGCUCGGGAGAAUCCCUUCCGGGACUCAUUUACACCCAUGGAAACAGGAGCGAUGAGUGUGAGAAGAGCCCUGAGGCUGGGUCUCCUACACACGGCUGUGUCUACAGCCUCCCCAAGAGGAACCUCAGCCGCUCUGAUGCUGGGAUUUACUACUGUGCUGUGGCCACGUGUGGGGACAUACUGUUUGGAAAUGGGACGGUGGUGAAGUUUCCAGGAGAAAGUAUGUUUCUUCUUCAUGCUGUUUAUUGCCUGGGGGCCACAUUGGCAUUGUGUGUGAUCCUGAUCGUCAUCCUGAUCUGCCUUAUUAAUAAGAGAACACACUGCCAGCACUGCAGAGAUGAAUAUGACAGCAGUGCCAAAUUCGCUACUAAUGAGGCAAAUGGCAUCUAUACCUUGUCUGAGUAUGAUGCCUCCAGAGAGUAA